CUAGGGGAACGGUCAUGAGCGUGACUUCCUGGAUGACAGACGUGUUUUCAUCAUGGACGUCUACAACCGAUACAUCUACCCUGGAGACGGAUACGCUAAGAGUAAGGCACCUCUAACCUAUGACCCCUAACCUAUGACCCCUAACCCCUGACCCCUAACCCCUGACCCCUAACCCCUGACCCCUAACCUAUGACCCCUAACCCUCUACAACCGAUACAUCUACCCUGGAGACGGAUACGCUAAGAGUAAGGCACCUCUAACCCCUGACCCCUAACCCCUGACCCCUAACCCCUGACCUCUAACCCUCUACAACCGAUACAUCUACCCUGGAGACGGAUACGCUAAGAGUAAGGCACCUCUAACCUAUGACCCCUAACCCCUAACCCCUGACCUAUGACCCCUAACCCCUGACCUCUAACCCCUGACCCCUAACCCCUGACCCCUAACCUAUGACCCCUAACCCUCUACAACCGAUACAUCUACCCUGGAGACGGAUACGCUAAGAGUAAGGCACCUCUAACCUAUGACCCCUAACCUAUGACCUCUAACCUAUGACCCCUGACCCCUGACCCCUAACCCCUGACCCCUGACCCCUGACCCCUGACCCCUAACCCCUGACCCCUAACCUCUGACCCCUAACCCCUGACCCCUAACCUCUGACCCCUAACCUAUGACCCCUAACCCCUGACCCCUAACCCCUGACCCCUAACCUAUGACCCCUAACCCCUGACCCCUAACCCCUGACCCCUAACCUAUGACCCCUAACCCCUAACCCUGACCCCUAACCUAUGACCCCUAACCCCUGACCUAUAACCUAUGACCCCUAACCUAUGACCCCUAACCCCUAACCUAUGACCCCUAACCCCUGACCCCUAACCCCUACCCCUUGACCCCUAACCCCUGACCCCUAACCCCUGACCCUAAACAUAUGACCCUAAACCCCUGACUAUAACCUAUUGACCCCAACCUAUGACCCCUAACCUAUGACCCCUAACCUAUGACCCCUGACCCCUAACCUAUGACCCCUAACCCUCUACAACCGAUACAUUUGUAUUUGUAUUUGGCAGCAGCUACUCUUCCUGGGGUCCAGCAAAAUUAAGGCAGUUCAUACAAUUUUAAAAACAUGUAAAAUACAUUCAUAACAGAUUUCACAACACACUGUGUGCCUUCAGGCCCCUACUCCACCACUACCACAUAUCUACAGUAUUGUGAUUCUACUGCUUGCAUCAGUUACCUGAUGUGGAAUAGAGUUCCAUGUAGUCAUGGCUCUAUGUAGUACUGUGCGCCUCCCAUAGUCUGUUCUGGACUUGGGGACUGUGAAGAGACCUCUGGUGGCAUGUCUUGUGGGGUAUGCAUGGGUGUCUGAGCUGUGUGCCAGUAGUUCAAACAGACAGCUCGGUGCAUUCAACAUGUCAAUACCUCUCACAAAUACAAGUAGUUAUGAAGUCAAUCUCUCCUCCACUUUGAGCCAGGAGAGAUCGACAUGAAUAUUAUUAAUAUUAGCUCUCUGUGUACAUCCAAGGGCCAGCCAUGCUGCCCUGUUCUGAGCCAAUUGUAAUUUUCCUAAGUCCUUUUUUGUGGCACCUGACCACACGACUGAACAGUAGUCCAGGUGCGACAAACCUAGAGCCUGUAGAACCUGCCUUGUUGAUAGUGCUGUUAAGAAGGUAGAGCAGCGCUUUAUUAUGGACAGACUUCUCCCCAUCUUAGCUACUGUUGUAUCAGUAUGUUUUGACCAUGACAGUUUACAAUCCAGGGUUACUCCAAGCAGUUUAGUCACCUCAACUUGCUGAAUUUCCACAUUAUUUAUUACAAGAUAUAGUUGAGGUUUAGGGUUUAGUGAAUGAUUUGUCCCAAAUACAAUGCUUUUAGUUUUAGAAAUAUUUAGGACUAAUUUAUUCCUUGCCACCCAUUCUGAAAGUAACUGUAACUCUUUGUUAAGUGUUGCAGUAAUUUCAGUCACUGUAGUAGCUGACGUGUAUAGUGUUGAGUCAUCCUCAUACAUAGACACACUGGCUUUACUCAAAGCCAGUGGCAUGUCAUUAGUAGAGGUUGAAAAGAGUAAGGGGCCUAGACAGCUGCCCUGGGGAAUUCCUGAUUCUACCUGGAUUAAGUUGGAGAGGCUUCCAUUAAAGAACACCCUCUGUGUUCUGUUAGACAGGUAACUCUUUAUCCACAAUAUAGCAGGGGGUAUAAAGCCAUAACACAUACGUUUUUCGAGCAACAGACUAUGAUCGAUAAUGUCAAAAGCCGCACUGAAGUCUAACAAAACAGCCCCCACAACCUUUUUAUCAUCAAUUUCUCUCAGCCAAUCAUCAGUCAUUUGUGUAAGCGCUGUCCUUGUUGAAUGUCCUUCUCUGUAAGCAUGCUGAAAGUUUGUUGUCAUUUUGUUUACUGUAAAAUAGCAUUGUAUCUGGUCAAACACCAUUUCUUCCAAUAGUUUACUAAGGGUUGGUAACAGGCUGAUUGGCCGGCUAUUUGAGCCAGUAAAGGGGGCUUUAUUAUUCUUAGGUAGAGGAAUGACUUUUGCUUCCCUCCAGGCCUGAGGAGACACACUUUCUAGUAGGCUUAAAUUGAAGAUAUGGCAAAUAGGAGUGGCAAUAUCAUCUGCUAUUAUCCUCAGUAAUUUUCCAUCCAAGUUGUCAGACCCCGGUGGCUUGUCAUUGUUGAUAGACAACAAUUAUUUUUUCACCUCUUCCACACUCACUUUAUGGAAUUCAAAAAUUACUAUUCUUGUCUUUCAUAAUUUGGUCAGAUAUACUUGGAUGUGUAGUGUCAGUGUUUGUUGCUGGCAUGACAUGCCUAUGUUUGCUAAUCUUGCCAAUGAAAAAAUAAUGUAAGUAGUUGGCCAAUAUCAGUGGGUUUUGUGAUGAAUGAGCCAUCUGAUUCAAUGAAUGAUGGAGCUGAGUUUGCCUUUUUUACCAACAUUUCAUUUAAGGUGCUCCAAAGCUUUUUACUAUCAUUCUUUAUGUCAUUUAUCUUUGUUUCAUAGUGUAGUUUCUUCUUUUUUAUUCAGUUUAGUCACAUGAUUUCUCAAUUUGCAAUACGUUUGCCAAUCGGUUGUGCAGCCAGACUUAUUUGCCAUUCCUUUUGCCUCAUCCAUCUCAACCAUACAAUGUUUCAAUUCCUCAUCAAUCCACAGGGAUUUAACAGUUUUGACAGUCAUUUUCUUAAUGGGUGCAUGCUUAUUAGUAACUGGAAUAAGCAAUUUCAUAAAUGUGUCAAGUGCAGCGUCUGUUUGCUCCUCAUUACACACCACGGACCAACAAAUAUCCUUUACAUCAACAGCAUAGAAAUCGCUACAAAAUUUAUUGUAUGACCUCUUAUUCACAAUAUUAGGCCCAGCCUUUGGAAUUUGGUUUUCCUAGAUAUGGCUACUAUAUUGUGAUCACUACAUCCAAUGGAUCUGGAUACUGCUUCAAACAAAUCUCUGCAGCAUUAGUAAAGAUGUGAUCAAUACAUGUUGAUGAUUUAAUUCCUGUACUGUUUGUAACUACCAUAGUAGGUUGAUUGAUAACCUGAACCAGGUUGCAGGCACUAGUUAGUUUGAAGCUUUCUCUUGAGUGGGCAGCCUGAUGAAAGCCAGUCAAUAUUUAAAUCACCCAGAAAGUACCGGGUGCAGAAUCAAUGUGUGGGGGCACUGGCUAGUCGAGGUAAUUGAGGUAAUAGGUACAUGUGGGUAGAGUUAAAGUGACUAUGCGUAGAUAAUAAACAGAGUAGCAGAAGCGUAAAAGAGGGGGUUGGGGUGGGGUGGGAAGGGGUGGGGUGGUGGGGCAAAGCAAAUAGUCUGGGUAGCCAUGAUUAGCUGUUCAGGAGUUUUAUGGCUUGGGGGUAGAAGCUGUUAAGAAGUCUUUUGGACCUAGACUUGACGCUCCAGUACCGCUUGCCGUGCGGUAGCAGAGAGAACAGUCUAUGACUAGGGUGGCUGGAGUCUUUCAUACUUUUUAGGGCCUUCCUCUGACACCGCCUGGUAUAGAGGUCCUGGAUGGCAGGAAGCUUGGCCCCAGUGAUGUACUGGGCCGUACGCACUACCCUCUGUAGUGCCUUGCAGUCGGAGGCCGAGCAGUUGCCAUACCAGGCGGUGAUGCAACCAGUCAGGCACAGGGCCAGAUAUGAUGGGUUUUAAUAACCUUAAUAGUCCUGAAAGACCAGUUAGAACACAGCUAAUUACUUGUCUGUCUAUGUACCUGUAUUCAGUACAUUGGGAAAGUAUUCAGACCCUUUUGUUCCGUUGUUGCCUUAUUGUUUUUUUCUCUCAUCAAUCUACACACAAUAACCCAUAAUGACAAAGCAAAAACAGGAUUUUUGACAUUUUUGCAAAUGUAAAUAUAUAUAUUUAUAUAAAACAUAAGUAAUAAUAUCACAUUUACAUAGGUUUUCAGACACUUUACUCAGAUCUUUGUUGAAGCACCUUUGGCAGCGAUUACAGCCUCGAAUCCUCUUGGGUAUGACGCUACAAGCUUGGCACACCUGUAUUUGGGGAGUUUCUCCCAUUCUUCUCUGCAGAUCCUCUCAAGCUCUGUCAGGUUGGAUGGGGAGCGUCGCUGCACAGCUAUUUUCAGGUCUCUCCAGAGAUGUUCGAUCGGGUUCAAGUCCGAGCUCUGGCUGGGCCACUCAAGGACAAUCAGAUACUUGUCCAGAAGCCACUCCUGCGUUGUCUUGGCUGUGUGCUGAGGGUCGUUGUCGUGUUGGAAGGUGAACCUUCACCCCGGUCUGAGGUCCUGAGCGCUCUGGAGCAGGUUUUCAUCAAGGAUCUCUCUGUACUUUGCUCCGUUCAGCUUUCCCUCGAUCCUGACUAGUCACCUAGUCCCUGCCGCUGAAAAACAUCCCCACAUCAUGAUGCUGCCACCACCAUGCUUCACCGUAGGGAUGAUGCCAGGUUUCCUCCAGACGUGACGCUUGGCAUUCAGGCCAAAGAGUUCAAUCUUGGUUUCAUCAGACCAGAGAAUCUUGUUUCUCAUGGUCUGAUUCCUUUAGGUGCCUUUUGGAAAAUUCCAAGCGGGCUGUCAUGUGCCUUUUACUGAGGAGUGGCUUCCGUCUGGCCACUCUACCAUAAAGGCCUGAUUGGUGGAGUGCUGCAGAGAUGGUUGUCCUUCUGGAAGAUUCUCCCAUCUCCACAGAAAAACAUCAAACUUCUUACAUUUAAGAAUGAUGGAGGCCACUGUGUUCUUGGGGAAUUUCAAUGAUGCAGAAAUGUUUUGGUACCCUUCCCCAGAUCUGUGCCUCGACACAAUCCUGUCUCUGAGCUCUACGGACAAUUCCUUCAACCUCAUGGCUUGGUUUUUGCUCUGACAUGCGCUGUCAACUGUGGGAUCCUAUAUAGACAGGUGUGUGCCUUUCCAAAUCAUGUCCAAUCAAUUGCAUUUCCCACAGGUGGACUCCAAUCAAGUUGUAGAAACAUCUCAAGGAUGAUCAAUGGAAACAGGAAGCACCUGAGCUCAAUUUAGAGUCUCAUAGCAAAGGGGCUUAAUACUUAUGUAAAUAAGGUAUUUCUGUUUUAGUUUUUUUGUAAAUUAGCACAAUGUUCUAAAAACCUGUUUUCACUUUGUCAUUAUUGGGUAUUGUGUGUAGAUUGAUGAAAUUAUUUGAUUUAAUCCAUUUUAGAAUAAGGCUGUAACGUAACAAAAUGUGGAAAAAGUCAAGGGGUCUGAAUACUUUCCGAAUGCACUGUACAUUCUUGUGUUUCCGGGGCGAUUAAAUGUAAGGUGGAGCUGGACUUGGGGACGGAGGACCUGUCUGUCUACCUGUCUCUGAACACCUUUCUCUCUCUCUCUCUCAGGAGCCAUAAAGCGUAAGGUGGAGCUGGACUGGGGGACGGAGGACCUGUCUGUCUACCUGUCUCUGAACACCUUUCUCUCUCUCUCUCAGGAGCCAUAAAGCGUAAGGUGGAGCUGGACUGGGGGACGGAGGACCUGUCUGUCUACCUGUCUCUGAACACCUUUCUCUCUCUCUCUCAGGAGCCAUAAAGCGUAAGGUGGAGCUGGACUGGGGGACGGAGGACCUGUCUGUCUACCUGUCUCUGAACACCUUUCUCUCUCUCUCUCAGGAGCCAUAAAGCGUAAGGUGGAGCUGGACUGGGGGACGGAGGAUGAUGAGUACCUCCAGAAGGUAGAGCUCCACUUGGAGGGUGCUCUCAACGAGGUCCGUUCUGACAUCAUAGUAUACAACGCCGGGACAGACGUCCUGGACGGAGACCCCCUGGGAGGACUGGCUAUCUCACCACAGGUAGUGUUGGUAGAGGAGUUUUUCCAUUCCCUGUAAUGGUAAUCACUAUUUCUUUCUCUCCAGAUCAGCUGACCUCAUUGUUAUGUCUCCACCUCUCCCCCCUGUCCAGAUGGGGAAAGGGUUAGGGUUAGGGGAGGAGUAGUAACAUAGCCCUCAGGGGAAAGGGUGUGGAAUGAUUCUAUCAUAGUAUGACGUUAUGUUUCCUCAUCCUCAUAGCUUUGGGUUGUUAUUGGGCACUAAGAUUAAAGGACAAAGACAAAAUGAUGAAACCGUUUUUUAGAGGCUGUCUUGACUCAAACUGGGGUGUAAAUUCUCCUCUCCUCCAGGGCAUAGUAAGAAGGGAUGAAAUAGUGUUCCGGGCAGCGCGGAGGAGAGGGAUUCCCAUCCUGAUGGUGACGUCUGGUGGAUACCAGAAGAAGACCGCUCGUAUCAUCGCUGACUCCAUCAUCAACCUGCGAUGCCAGGGCCUGAUUGGAGGGGACGAGGAUGGGGAGGUGCCAGAGGAGUGUGCGGGCGGAGUCACCCUCAUGAUGAGCAGCUCUGACUCCUCCCCUUCCUGUGUGUCACCAGGACCAGCCCCCAACACCAUCUGACUGGAACUGAACAUGAGUUGGAUCCUAGGGCCCAGAGCCUCUCCUGGCUCUCUAGUGCACUAGAGGAAAAAUAGUGUGCUCCAGGAAUAGAGUGCCGUUUCAGACUUCCCCCCGAUCUUACUGAUGCCCACUGUGACUGUGGCAGGGGUAGGCAGUGGGACAGGGCUGGUCAGGUAGCCUAGUGGUUAAG